GGCAGCUAUCCGCAGUAUCCAUUUCUUGAUCCACUGUCCCCCGUCCAAGCGGUCGAAGUAUGUUCUCUUGGCCCUCCGUUCUCGUGGUGUGCCUGAUCGCCGGAUCCGCGCUCGGCAGCAUCGAGGUCGGCGAUGCCGGAAGCUGGCAAGGCAUAUCCAGCGAGGGCAACUACGGCACGGGACACGGCCUGGAAUUAAACGGACACCUGUCCGGCGGGCUUCACGACAUAUCCGGAUACGGGUCCUACGGGGGCGGAGGCCUCGAUCACGGCUACCAUGGACACAUACAGCAUCACUACGCCCCGGCUGUUCCCGUGAGCGAGCACGUCGAGAUCACGAAGCCUGUUCCAGUACCUGUUGUCAAAAAUAUCGGUGUCCCGAUCGCGCAGCCGGUGGCGAUUCCAGUGCCGCAUCCGGUCGCAAUUGGCGUACCUCAGCCGUAUCCAGUCCACGUACCGGUCUCGAAGCCUGUUCCGAUCCCGGUGGUGAAGACCAUCGCGGUCCCAGUCGAGAGGAAGGUUCCGUAUCCGGUGGAGAAGAUAAUACCGGUGCCGGUGGAGAAGCCUGUGCCCAUAACCGUGGAGAAGCACAUACCCGUGCCGGUGGAGAAGCCGUAUCCGAUCCACGUUCCGGUCUACAAGCACGUGUUCCAUCGGGUCAAGUCGCACGGUCACGGAUGGAGCCAUUACGGUAAAAAGUCUCAGCAGGUGCUGCUUUCUCUGGCGUCCUUGGCGGUGGCCGUGCCCGUGAUCGUGAACCAGGAUCAAGUCCAGUACCAUCAUCCCCAGCUGUACGGCGGCUUCAUGCCGAUAGAAAGGUCCGACCAGGAGUCCCACGGGUCCGUGUCCAGCGGAAGCUACGGCGGCGACUACGGCGGCAGCGAUUACGGCGGCGGCGAUUACGGCGGCGCCAGUUAUGGCGGCGGCAGUUACGGCGGAGGCGGCUACGGAGGCAGCAGUUACGGCGGAGGCAGCUACGGAGGCAGCAGUUACGGCGGCGACUUCGGCGGAGGGCACGGCGGCGGUUUGGAGGGAUCCAUCGGCGGACACUUGGACGUGUCCAGCGACCACUUGGGCUCGGAUUACUCGUCCCUCGGCGGCGGACACGACGGCGGGGACGAGGGUGUCUCCUUGGACGGUGGCCACAGCGUGGUCCAGAGCGUUCCUGUGUCCGAGCACGUGGAAGUUACCAAGCCUGUGCCCGUUAAAGUGAUUAAGCACAUCGGCGUACCAGUUCCUCACAUCGUGAAGAUAGCGGUGCCGCAUCCGAUAGCCGUGGGCGUCCCCCAGAGCUAUCCGGUGGCGCAGCCGAUCCCGAAGCCGGUGCCCGUGCAAGUGAUAAAAACAGUGGCGGUGCCCGUGGAGAAGAAGGUGCCGUUCCCCGUGGAGAAGCACAUUCCGGUUCCAGUGGAGAAGCCAGUCCCGAUCACAAUCGAGAAACACGUGCCGGUGCCAGUGAUCAAACCGUACCCCAUCAAGAUCCCCGUUUACAAGACGAUCUAUCACCACGCGAAGAAUAGAGAACCGCAUUUAGAUGAAUUCGGCGGAAGAGAACCAGUUCAUACAACCGCUCUUCGCGCGAACAAUUCGUCUCGAGUCGAUCUUUUAUUCACGAACCACUCAUAUGCGCCUAUCUGGAGAAUAAUGGAAAACCUCAUCCUAAUUCUGACGAUCGCCGGUUCCUGCUUGGCCAGUGAACUAGAGUUGGGAGGUCAUGGUCUGUCGUUAGGCGAAAUUGAUGCGGAUCACGGUGGCCACGGCGUCGGCUUCGAAAUUGGAGGACUGGACUCCGACAUCGAGUCGAGCCAUGGAUUUGGCGGCGGAGGAUACGGAGGCGGGGGAUACGGAGGCGGGGGACACGGACAUUUCAUUCCCGUUGUCAAGUCUAUCGGAGUGCCGGUGCUGAAGAAGUACGCCCUGGCGAUUCCGAGUUUGCAGGUCCAACAAGUACCGCAGAGCUACCCUGUGCCACUGAUCGUGAAGAAGCCGGUCCCGUAUCCGGUGGAGAAGCAGGUGUUCACGAAGGUGGAGAAGAAGGUGCCGACGCCGGUCGAGAAGAUCAUCCCCGUGAAGGUGGAGAAGCCGGUCCCGUUCCACGUAGUGAAACACGUUCCCGUUCCGGUGGUGAAGCCGAUCCCCAUCAAGAUCCCCGUUUACAAAACCAUCAUUCACAGCAAGAAGCACUAGCCGCGCUUAUUGGAUUCGUCCAUUGUUAUUUGUUCUGCAUAUAAAUCGUUACGCUUCGUUAGUUUUUACACGUGUGUUAUUUAUUAAUAAACAUUCAAUCAUUGAGUCGAAAAAAAACGACAA